UACCGGUUUCGGCUUUCUUCUUUCCGCUCGUCCUGGCAGCCAGCGGUGCUGAUGGGCUCCUCCAGCUUUAACACGAAGCUUUGAUUUAGUAUUUGUUUCAGCAUGGCGUUAAGAAAAAGACUAAAAUCGUGCCUUUAUAGUGAACGGGUGCACGUUGCCGGUGCCUUGUCGGUGUAGUGAAAGUUAGCAGAGCAGCUAAUGCUAGGCCUUCCGUUUGUCUCCGGUUGGCAGGUCGGGUUGUUGUUUUAUUUUGCCUUCAUAAAGCAGCCUUUUGUUUCCCGGCGUAGCGACGAUUUUUCCUUUUAGCUUUAUUUUAAAUUACCUCUGUGGUGAGAAGAAGGCGCCGACAUGAAACGGGUUAACACUUACCAGAGGUUUAUGAACACGCGAGCCUCUGCUAACUGCCGCUACCAGCCCACCCGCUACGAACAUGCUGCAAACUGCUACACUCAUGCUCUCCUCAUUGUUCCGGCCUUCGUGGGCAUGACACUGCUGCACUGCCUGUCUGAUAACAGCUGGGAGCGGAUCACAGCCUGGGUGUACGGCAUGGGUCUCUGUGCCCUGUUUGUGGUCUCCACCGUGUUUCACAUCAUCACCUGGAAGAAGAGCCACAUGAGAUCAGUGGAGCAAUGCUUUCACAUGUGUGACAGGGUGGUCAUCUACUUCUUCAUCGCUGCCUCAUACACACCAUGGCUGAAUCUGCGGGAACUGGGCCCUCUGGCCGCACACAUGCGCUGGUUUGUGUGGCUCAUGGCUGCUGCUGGAACCUUUUACGUCUUCAACUAUCACGAGAAGUAUAAACUUGUCGAGCUAGCCUUCUAUCUGGCGAUGGGAUUCCUUCCUGCAUCAGUUGUGACGUCUAUGAACAACACCGAUGGACUUCUGGAGCUGGCGUAUGGAGGACUCAUUUACUGCCUGGGCGUGUUCUUUUUUAAGUGUGACGGCGUCAUCCCCUUUGCUCAUGCUAUCUGGCACAUGUUUGUGGCGUUGGCGGCUGCUGUGCACUACUACGCCAUCUGGAAAUACCUCUACAAGUCUCCCGUCGUUGAGUCCCUCAUUCACUCGUCGUGACCUUUGCUUUCGUCCAGCUCUCCAAAGUACAAAUGACCCCCUCAACUGCCCGUUAAAUCUACAGAGUUUACAAAAGUAACUGCUUUAAAUUGUUUACUGUUUUCUAACUAAAGAACAGUUUAUUCACUGAUACAAGUUUUUGGUAAAAACUAAAGAAAAAGUGUUUUGAAGCUUUGCUAAGGAGGACGUUUUGACCCUUUUCCACUUUCUUAUCCAUGGCACGUUUCUGAGUAUUUGAGAAACUUGACAGCAAUUUUUAUCACCAGUUUAACUGAUCAGGGAUCCACACCGGGAGAUGGAUGCGUUGGAACUGGUGAUUCUUACAUGGAGAUUAUCUAACAAGGUGCUAAAAAUCACCUUCGAUCUGCAGCUUAUCUACAGCAGAAGGGUGUCCCUAAACAAACCAAAGUGUAAGAGAAACAGGAGCUGCACAAGAACGUAGCCAACGUGGAGAAACUUUAACGCGUAAAACAAAAUGGAACACUCUGAUCUAAUUUGAUGCUGAUUUUUGAUACUUCCUGCCAAAAAUGUUGUGACAAGAACAUUUUAAAUGGUGGAAAUCGGUUUGUUCUAGUGAAUCUUUUUGAGUAAAGUGAAAAUACUCAAUGUGAAACUCUGCUUUGACAUUAGGAUUUGUAUUUCAGCCCGCUUGACUCGUGUACUCUUUGAUUCCAUGCAUGCUUCCUUGUAGCUGUUGUCUUGUAUUGCUGCAUCUGUAUCCAGAUGUGGUCCUCAGCUUUCAGAGCCAGUUUCUCAUGUUGGCACUUGGUGCCCCCAGGUGGUGGGCAGCUGUAAGGAAGCGAUUCUCAGUAUUUCAGAUAGAGAAGACUCAUGUGAGGGACAUUGUUCAUGAGCCAAAUGAGGAGAGUUGGAGGCAACAUGAUGAGUGGUUUUCACCUUUUGUAACGUGAACAGUAUCCUGUAGCACGAGUGUGAACGAUCCUCUUACUGUUGUCCAGUGUUACGUUGCAACUUGUCUCAGAUUUUGAUUUGCACCUUCAGACUGAACAGUGUUUCAACCUGAUCAGUUCUAGUCUUUUUUUCUUGUAGUAAUGGUUGAACCUGUGUUAAUUAUCCUGAUUCUUCUCUGUGAUUUCUAAACCUUCUGUUUUGUAUAUUUGUACAUAUUUGUCAUUGAUCUGAUGACGUGGUCCUGGCCUUUGCAGGGAACUUGUUUCUUUGUUCCUCUGGCUAGUUAUGGUGCUGCAUACACAUGACUGCUCCUCCACUGUUUUGAUUAUCACCUUUACAAUGUGACAAUAAAGAUGACUUAUACAUGCA